AUGGCAUUUCCUAUAAAGUCUAAGAACCAAAUCGACGGGGCCCCAACACCUCAAAACACUCCGGCUAGUGUAUUGAAAGAGUCAUAUUUGAAGAAUGGUAACCCAGUGGUAGAUUCUCCACAGAGUUGUCGUGUCCCUCAGACCAUUAAUGAAGAAGAUAUCAAUGCUGCUUUGGCGAAGAACCCUCAACUUUUGGCAACAAUGCAGGGUAAAUUGGGAGCUUUAUUGGGCCAGGAUUCCGGCUACAUCUCCUCGUUACCUAGGAAAGUCAAAGACCGCAUUCAUGCUCUAAAAAAGCUACAACAGGACCUCUUCCAGCUUGAAAAAGACUUCCAGAUGGAAAUGUUUGAGUUGGAACAUAAGUAUUUGAAAAAGUACGCUCCUUUGCAUGAAUAUCGUGCAGAACUAAUUAAGGGUGACAAAGAGCCUACUGUUGCCGAAAUCGAGGCAGGUAAAAGGCUAGACGAGGAAAAUGAUACAGAAAAUAUCGAAGAGGCGGAUGAGGCCGACGAAACCGCUGACGAGAACGAUGAUACAAAGGGCAUCCCUUCUUUUUGGUUGACGGCAUUAGAGAAUCUUCCAAUGGUGUCACAGACGAUAACAGACAGGGACGCAGAAGUCCUAGAUUGUCUCAUCAAUGUCUGGAUGGAAUACUUGACGCAGGGAAAACCAGGCUUCAAGCUGUUUUUCGAAUUUAAAGAAAAUCCUUUCUUCACUAACAAGACUCUAGUCAAAACCUACUACUACCAGCCAGAGCUAGGAUACUCCGGGGAUUUCAUCUAUGACCACGCCGAAGGAACUCCUAUCGACUGGACUUCAAACGAAGCGAAUGUCACUGUACAACUUGAGAAGCACAAGCAGCGCAACAAAACGACCAAGCAGGUGCGUACUAUCGAAAAGAUAACCCCAGUAGAGUCAUUCUUCAACUUCUUUGACCCUCCAACCGUCCCUGACGCAGAUGAAAAGUCCGAUGACCACGACGAGGAAGUUGUCCUAGAAUUAGAGUCGAGAUUAGCUUUAGACUACGCUAUAGGAGAGGAGAUCAAAGACAAACUAAUCCCUAGGGCUGUUGAUUGGUUUACCGGAAUCGCCAGAGAAUUUGACUACGACGACGAGGCCGAGGAUGACUAUAAGUCGUACGAUGAAGACGAAGACGAAGAAGACGAAGAAGAUGACGAAGACGAUGGUCAGGAACAUAACACCACCAGUGAAAACAUAGCCGAAGAAUCAGAAGAAGAUGACUUUGCUAAUGUUGCCAAAAAGGAACAGCCCCCAGAAUGCAAGCAGACUUAG